GCAGUGCGGCUGCGCCGGCGUCUCGGGCUGCGAGGUCCGGGUGCCACGGAUCUUUUGUUUCCCUGCGGGGCUCUGAGUCGCAUCGUCAGUCAGCGCCGAGUUGGAGCUGGAGUGUGUCAGAGCUGAGUCCCGAGUCGGACUGGGUUCCGACUGUCAGCGCCGAGAGGGUACCGAGGAGGACGCCAAGGGAGCGCGUCCCUCCGUCCGCCGGCCUGUGGGACUGGGACCCGGCCCAGGCCUGCCCGAUGGGGCGCAGGGCCCUGGUGAUGAGCCCGCGCCUCCGUCCCCGAGUACGCGGCCCGCUGGCCUCCGCCUGAGCCCAGCGCACCCCGUAGCGCCGCCCCCGGGCCCGCGCCCCCGGCCCGCGCGCGCUAUGGAGCCGGGCCGCGGCGGCGUCGAGACCGUGGGCAAGUUCGAGUUCUCUCGCAAGGACCUGAUUGGACACGGCGCUUUCGCGGUGGUCUUCAAGGGUCGACACCGCGAGAAGCACGACCUGGAGGUGGCCGUCAAAUGCAUUAACAAGAAGAACCUUGCCAAGUCCCAGACACUGCUGGGAAAGGAAAUCAAAAUCCUGAAGGAACUAAAGCACGAAAACAUUGUGGCGUUGUAUGACUUCCAGGAAAUGGCCAAUUCUGUCUACCUGGUCAUGGAGUAUUGUAAUGGUGGAGACCUGGCUGACUACCUGCACACUAUGCGUACACUGAGUGAAGACACUGUCAGGUUGUUCCUACAACAGAUUGCAGGUGCCAUGCAGCUGUUACACAGCAAGGGCAUCAUUCACCGUGAUCUGAAGCCCCAGAACAUUCUGCUGUCCAAUCCCGGGGGUCGCCGUGCCAACCCCAGCAACAUCCGAGUCAAGAUUGCUGACUUCGGAUUCGCCCGGUACCUCCAGAGCAACAUGAUGGCAGCCACACUCUGUGGUUCUCCCAUGUACAUGGCCCCUGAGGUCAUCAUGUCCCAGCACUACGAUGGGAAGGCUGACCUGUGGAGCAUUGGCACCAUUGUCUACCAGUGUCUGACAGGAAAAGCCCCUUUUCAGGCCAGCAGCCCUCAGGAUUUGCGCCUGUUUUAUGAGAAGAACAAGACACUAGUUCCUGCCAUCCCUCGGGAGACAUCAGCUCCCCUGCGGCAGCUGCUCCUGGCUCUGUUGCAACGUAACCACAAGGACCGCAUGGACUUUGAUGAAUUUUUCCACCACCCAUUCUUAGAUGCCAGCACCCCCAUCAAGAAGUGUGAGUCUCUGGCAGUGUUGGACACAGACAGGGCUUGUGUCUCCCCACCUGUGCCUGUACCCUCGUAUCCAAGCUCAGGGUCUGGCAGCAGCUCUAGCAGCAGCUCUGCCUCCCACCUGGCCUCUCCACCGUCCCUGGGGGAGAUGCCACAGCUGCAGAAGACCCUUACCUCCCCAGCUGAUGCUGCAGGUUUUCUGCAGGGCUCCCGGGACUCUGGUGGCAGCAGCAAAGACUCCUGUGACACAGAUGACUUUGUCAUGGUCCCAGCCCAGUUUCCAGGUGAUCUAGUCGCUGAGGCAGCCAGUGCCAAGCCCCCACCUGAUAGCCUGCUGUGCAGUGGGAGCUCACUGGUGGCCUCUGCUGGCCUGGAGAGCCGCGGUCGCACCCCGUCUCCCUCUCCGACCUGCAGCAGUUCCCCCAGCCCCUCUGGCCGGCCUGGCCCCUUCUCCAGCAACAGGUACGGUGCCUCGGUCCCCAUUCCUGUCCCCACUCAGGUGCACAACUACCAGCGCAUCGAGCAGAACCUGCAAUCGCCUACUCAACAGCAGACAGCCCGAUCCUCUGCCAUCCGAAGGUCAGGCAGCACUAGCCCCCUGGGCUUUGGUCGGGCCAGCCCAUCACCCCCGUCCCACACUGACGGAGCCAUGCUGGCUAGGAAGCUGUCACUAGGAGGUGGCCGUCCCUACACACCCUCUCCCCAAGCCACCCUUUUCCUACCAGUGGGAACCAUCCCAGAGCGACCCAGCUGGAGCAGAGUGCCCUCCCCACAAGGAGCUGAUAUUCGGGCUGGCAGGUCACCACGACCAGGCUCCUCUGUGCCUGAGCACUCUCCAAGAACCACCGGGCUGGGCUGCCGCCUGCACAGUGCCCCUAACCUGUCUGACUUCCAUGUUGUGCGUCCCAAGCUGCCUAAGCCCCCAACAGACCCGUUGGGAGCCACCUUUAGCCCACCCCAGACCAGCGCACCCCAGCCAUGCCCAGGGCUACAGUCUUGCCGGCCACUGCGUGGCUCACCUAAGCUGCCUGACUUCCUACAGCGGAGUCCCCUACCCCCCAUCCUAGGCUCUCCUACCAAGGCUGGGCCCUCGUUUGACUUCCCCAAAACCCCCAGCUCUCAGAAUUUGCUGACCCUGUUGGCUAGGCAGGGUGUAGUAAUGACACCACCUCGGAACCGCACACUGCCUGACCUCUCCGAGGCCGGUCCUUUCCAGGGCCAGCAGCUGGGCUCUGGCCUGCGGCCUGCUGAAGACACCAGGGGCCCCUUUGGCCGGUCCUUCAGCACCAGCCGCCUUACGGACCUGCUGCUUAAGGCUGCAUUUGGGCCCCAGGCCUCUGACUCUGGCAGCACAGACAGCCUACAGGAGAAACCCAUGGAGAUUGCUCCCUCUGCUGGCUUUGGAGGGACGCUGCAUCCAGGAGCUCGUGCUGGAGGGGCUAGCAGCCCAGCACCUGUGGUAUUUACUGUGGGCUCCCCACCCAGUGGUACCACCCCACCCCAGAGUACCCGCACCAGAAUGUUCUCAGUGGGCUCUUCCAGCUCCCUGGGCUCCACUGGCUCCUCCUCUGCCCGCCACUUUGUGCCUGGGGCCUGUGGAGAGGCUCCGGAGCUUUCUGCCCCAGGCCACUGCUGCAGCCUUGCUGACCCCCUUGCUGCCAACCUGGAGGGGGCUGUGACCUUCGAGGCUCCUGACCUCCCGGAAGAGACCCUCAUGGAGCAAGAGCACACGGAAACCCUACACAAUCUGCGCUUCACACUAGCGUUUGCACAGCAAGUUCUGGAGAUCGCAGCUCUGAAGGGGAGUGCCAGUGAGGCUGCCGGGGGCCCUGAGUACCAGCUCCAGGAGAGUGUGGUGGCUGACCAGAUCAGUCAGUUGAGCCGAGAGUGGGGCUUUGCAGAGCAACUGGUUCUGUACUUGAAGGUGGCUGAGCUGCUGUCUUCAGGCCUACAGACUGCCAUUGACCAGAUUCGAGCUGGCAAGCUCUGUCUUUCGUCUACUGUGAAGCAGGUGGUACGCAGACUAAAUGAGCUGUAUAAGGCCAGCGUGGUAUCCUGCCAGGGCCUCAGCUUGCGACUUCAGCGCUUCUUUCUGGACAAACAACGGCUGCUGGACGGGAUCCAUGGUGUCACUGCCGAGCGGCUUAUCCUCAGCCAUGCUGUGCAGAUGGUACAAUCAGCCGCCCUUGAUGAGAUGUUCCAGCACCGAGAGGGCUGUGUACCGCGGUAUCACAAAGCCCUGCUUCUGUUGGAGGGGCUGCAGCACACUCUGACGGACCAGGCAGACAUUGAAAACAUUGCCAAAUGCAAGCUGUGCAUUGAGAGGAGACUCUCCACUCUGCUGAGUGGCGUCUAUGCCUGACUACCUGCUGUCAACCUGCAGGGUAGGGUAUGAGACCUGGCAGAUUGUCCUCAACACUGAUAUGAUGGUGCUGAGACUGCUGCCAGCCAACUCCAGCAGGGAUGCUACAUGGUGGACCUGUGCAGACUGGUGCAACUCUUGCUUCCUGGGCUGCCAGUCUUUGCUGGCAGGUAGACAUACAGUGCCAGGGACAGCUUCCUUGCCUCUGGGACAGGAGUUUCUGAACAUAUUCUUCCCAGCUGACUCCCCUGGCAAGCAGAUAUUGUGCCGAGAGGUGGUAGGCUGAUGUGUGGGCAUCUGCCACCUGCAGAGCCCAAGGCAGCCUUGCAGACAGGCAAGGCACUGAGACUGUUGCGACUCCAAGCCAAAGCAAGCUUUUUCUCACAGUUCACUUGCCCCAAUGCUCGCCCAAGAAAAAAGGGUAUGGUCUUCUGGCCUCCUGAUCUCUCUAGGAACUUCUCCCUCUGAGACUACUUACCCAGCUUUGUAAGUCACCGGAGCACUUUAUGCAUACAGAGACUGGAGAACCUAGCCAGCAGUGUAGACUGCUGGGAACCUGCCUCCUGUUCCUGGCUUUCGUCCUCCAAGACGCUGUAUAGAUGCAGACCAUGUCUUCGUGUAUAAAAAGCCCAGUGUUCACCUCCUCCUGUGUCUGAUCUUUAGAGGAAAGCAACAGGCUUGCCUCCUGAGGAAGAGACAGUCCUCAUGUUUAAAUGUUCAUUAGGGACAGUUUAUUAUGUAAGCACCAUGCUUUUUAAACUCCUCAACUUCCACACUUUACUCCUACAAUGUGUCCCCACCCUCCCAACUCAGUUUUUCUUCAUGAAAGGAAACUUCAGCUGUUUAAGGAUUGGAAGGAUAGAGGCAGGGCAGGGCAGGCAUCACACUGGAUGGUACCAGCUGUGUGGCUGAGGCUGUGGUGUGUGCCUGAGUGAGUGUGCUGCUGGCCAUCUAUGAACUUUCUCUGUAAGGACGGCAGAAAGGGCAGUGCCCAGCCGCCAUGCAGUGGAGGUGUGGGUGAAGAAUAACAUAUGCAAACAUGUCCGCUAUGGAGCUCUCCUGUCAGUCUGGCUCCUGUGCUUGGUGGCUUCCGGGGUCUGUGCUGAAGCUUGUCUUCCAGGCUCCAGGGUGGACACAGGCUAACACCUUCCCAGCCUCCCUGGUCUGCCAGUCCUUUGUCACCACGUUAUCCAUGCAUACUUGAAAGUAUCUGAGUGUCCACAAGAGGAUGUGGGGUUUCUGUCCCACAACAACAUUCAGAGUUAUAGGCCACACACACACACUUUUCUUUGCAAUACUUGAAAUAUUACCACUGUGCUUGGUUGUACAAGGGUUGUACAAGAAAGCAGAUCUCUAAGACCAGUCUCUUCCUUAGUCACCCCAUGACCUCCCUUGCAUGUAACAUGUUGUAUUUAUUGCUUUGUGGCCAACUGGAACCCAGAGCCACCAGGGAGGCUAGUGCAGGGGUUCCUUACCCACCAUCUGGUUCCUAAUGACUCCUGGGUGGCUGUGUAUGCGUGUGGCUGCCUGUGUGUGGUAUGAGCCAAACCUGCUCACUGAAGCAGUGCCCAGGCCUGUCAAUUUUAAGAUGAAUUUUGUGAGUCUCCCCCUUUUGUGUUUAACUGUGUCAUAUCAGUUUAAGAAAAAUAAAAUGUGGAAUUAUU